CUUCUUCUAAUUUUUUAUUGUUUUUUAUUGUUUUUCUUUUUCUUUUUCUUCUUCUUCUUCUUCUUUACUGUAUAUACGCACUCUCUUUCGUGUCUAAUAAACAAUUCAAACUACUCACUCACUACUGCAAAAAAGCUCCUCCACCCCCUCUUCUCCCUCCCUUUUUUUAUAUACAUAUAUAUUUAAUUACAGAUGGAAUCAGUGCCAACAAUGCAGCAUAAUACAAAUGAUACAAAGUCAAAUACUUUUCUCUUUAAUAAGCUAUCACCUACAACAAAUAGCAGUAUACGGAAAUUCUUUAACAGGUUUCCUAAUCAUUCAAAACCUGCUAAUCAUCCUCCCACUGAUACUAUGAGCACUUUAUCAUCAGAUAGAGAAUCUAUGAUGGGUUGUCCUGCUCUACUCAUGUCAUCCGCUACUACUUCUUCUUCUUCAUUUGAUGAUGAAGUUCUUUCACCCACUCAAAGACAAAUUGAUCUUGUUCGUACAAGUUGGGAACGGGUCACGGAACGACGUUAUGAGACAGAUGACCGAAACGUGUCUGCCACACAUGCAUUUGGACUUGCCUUUUAUGAUGCUCUCUUUAGUAUGGAUGAAAAUUGUCAAUCUCUAUUUAGUAAUAUUCUACAACAAGCUAGAGCCCUCACAGGUAUGAUUUCAUAUAUCGCCAGAGCUCCUAAAGUGACAAAUCAUCAUUCUUCUUCUUCUUCAUCACCAUCAACGACUACCACUAUACGUGAUAUCAAUGCAAUAAACAAAGAUCAAUCAUCAGGAUAUGUUGAAGGAGAUCCUGAAUGUCUUGCGUUACGGAUGAGAGAGUUGGGUGCAAGACAUUAUUAUUAUAAUGUGAAACCAGAACAUUUUGAAUUAGUAGGUCCUGCCUUUGUAGCUGCCUUAAAAUCGAGAUUAGCUGAUGAAUAUACAGAUGAAAUCGGUGAAGCGUGGAUCAAGGCAAAUGCUUAUGCAGCUUACAAUAUGAGGAUUGGGUUCGAAUUUCAGCUGGCCUGGGAAGAAGGAACUAAUCAAAAGUUAGCAUCAAAGAAAAAUAAAGCAGCAUGUACCAUUCAAUAAAAUUUACAUUUUUUUUUUCUGUCUUGAUUAAACUUUGGCAAGGGUAUUUAUAAGGGUGUACUAAGGAUAAUUGAACUUUGAAAGAGAAUAUAAUGAUCUGUCAAAAUAAGAGUGAUAAUAACAAGUUGUUUGUAUAACAAAGUUUUGAAAUAUUGUUUGUACUAAUAAUAAUACAGAUGUGUGUGUUAAAUAUUAUUAUUUUGUGACAGCCAGAAAUGGCACAACAACAAUCAUUGCAAUCAAAAGCCAAUCAUUUUCAUCAUUAUCGACCUAUUGC